AUGUCUGCACCAAAAUGGCUUUUGCUUGAUACAGUGCUCGUGAUCCCAGUCGAACCGCGUAUAGACGCUUCAAUGAUACAUAUUGCGAAAUUUAUUUCCUCGCCAUAUUCUGCCCGUCUUCUGUUUGCGCCUUUUCCUGGCGAACCUGCAGCCCUUCGCGUGAACAUUUCCGAAUCCAAUAACUCCUCUUGGCCCGAACACAAGGUGCCCGUAAAAAAACAAAAAUGCACCUCCAAAGUCGUGUAG